AUGACGUCUCAAAUGACAAACGACAUAGGUGACAUAGGAAUGACCAAUACAGAGGCGGACUCUUCGCAAUCACACGCUCAUGAAGCUACAUCAAGUGCAACUCCUGAUGAUGCGGCCUCUAGUAAUGCUGCUACACCGUCGGCUAGUGAAGGACAGGCUUCAAGGCAGUCCAACUUACAGCGCAUUCAACAAAGGAAGCAACAAGUUUACAACUGGCCCCAUAACAAGAAGCUACUUAAAUUGGCUAUAUAUUCUGCUUGUCAAACACCAGAUUGUACUUGUAAUGGAUGGAAGACACCUGUACCACAACAAGCUUCUAAAGUUAAUGCAAGAUCAGAUAGUCAGCCAUUAGCCAACUUCACUGAUCCUUGUCGCAACUGUAACCACAUCUUAGAAAAACAUGUAACCCAGUUGCAAGGUUUGGCAGUAUCAGAGGUGAACCGUCUAUUAGGUGCAGUAGUGGAUGUUGAAAAUAUUUUCAUGUCAAUGCACAGAGAGGAUGAUCAUGAUACAAAACGCGUCUAUUACUAUCUAUUUAAGUUGCUCCGAAAAUGCAUCCUCACACGUUCACACCCACGUAUCGAAGGUCCACUGGGUCAACCGCCAUUCGAACGGCCCUCCAUAGCAAAAGCCAUAACUAACUUUGUGUUGUACAAAUUCAACACGCUGCCGCAAAGAGAGUGGCAGACUAUGUAUGAUCUGGCCAAAAUGUUCCUGCAUUGUUUUAACCAUUGGAACUUCGAAACACCUAGUGUUAGGAAAUUGCAAGUAUCGAAUCCAGAGGACAUAUCAGCAUACCAAAUAAACUACACCAGAUGGUUAGUUUUCUGCCACGUUCCAGCCUUCUGUGAUUCCUUACCGCAUUUUGAAACGUCCCUUGUUUUUGGACGGACGUUACUGCGCGCAGUUUUCAAGUCUGUUUGCCGUCAACUCAUGGACAAAUGUCACUCGGAACGCGACCGUAUGCCGCCGGAGAAAAGGGUACUAGUCCUCACGCACUUCCCUCGCUUCCUGGCGUUGCUUGAAGAAGAAAUAUUUAGUGUCAACUCUCCGAUAUGGGAUCCAGACUACAAACAAGUUCCUCCUAACCAUUUGCAGGCGAUACUUGAAAAUAAAACCACCGGACGUCGCGGUGGGGAGUUCGAACGAGUCACAGCGUCCGGUGAAAGUAAAGACGGAUUCACUACGGUUUCACUGUCGUCAGGCCUAAAGCGUGUCGCGGAAUCGCGUUCGGGAGAAACGCCCGUGGGUGGUGCGAAGCGUCGUCGUCUCGCCGACGAAUGUGAUGACGUCAGCGAGCGCACCGUCGCAGAGAUAGUCGCCACCAUCACCGACCCCAACUACAUGUGCGGGCCCGAUGCCCUGUUCCAAAUGCAAGCGCCUCGAGAUGAAGCUGCGAAGUUGGAGGAACAACGCAAGAUGAUAGAGUUUCACGUCAUAGGCAACUCACUCACCGGACCCGUUAACAAGCAGACCAUGUUGUGGCUUAUAGGUCUUCAUAACGUGUUCUCGCAUCAGCUGCCCGAAAUGACCAAAGAGUACAUAUCACAGUUGGUUUUCGAUCCAAAGCAUAAAACAUUGGCUCUUAUUAAAGAAGGGAGACCCAUUGGUGGGAUUUGCUUCAGGACAUUCCAUUCACAGGGCUUCAGCGAAAUUGUCUUCUGUGCUGUUACGUCCAACGAACAAGUUAAAGGCUACGGUACACAUCUAAUGAACCACCUCAAGGAUUACCACAUCAGAAAUAAUAUCUUGCAUUUCCUGACAUUUGCCGAUGAGUUUGCUAUAGGUUACUUCAAGAAGCAGGGCUUCAGUAAAGACAUAAAACUGCCUCGAGCCAUGUACCAGGGUUACAUAAAAGACUACGAGGGCGCCACGCUGAUGCACUGCGAAUUAAACCCGCGCAUUGUUUACACACAGUUCACUUCCGUUAUAAGGAGACAAAAGGAGAUCGUGAAGAAAUUGAUCGAUAUGCGUCAGAAGGAGAUAAGGAAAGUUCAUCCUGGGCUCACAUGUUUUAAGGAAGGUGUGCGCAGUAUCCCGGUGGAGUGCGUGCCGGGGCUGCGCGACAGCGGCUGGCGCGGCGGGCGCGCGCCCGAGCCCGAGCCCGACGCCGACCCCGCCCCCCUGCGCGCCGUGCUGCACGCCGUGAAAAACCAUGCCGCCGCAUGGCCGUUCCUGAAACCCGUUGAUAAGUCUGAAGUGCCAGAUUACUACGAUCAUAUCAAAUAUCCGAUGGAUCUCCGCACGAUGGGCGAACGUCUCAAGUCCCGCUACUACGUAUCGAAGAGGCUGUUCAUUGCGGACAUGACACGGAUAUUCACCAACUGUCGCCUGUACAACUCGCCAGAUACGGACUAUUAUAGAUGCGCGAACCUCCUAGAGAAAUACUUCCAUACAAAGAUGAAAGAAGCCGGCCUAUGGGACAAAUGA